AUGCGUGAGCUGGGGCAGUUGGGGCGGUUCCACCGGCGGUGCUAUGUUCUAGUGGCGAUCGCCGGCUUUUCCGCAGCCAUUUACGGAAUCAAUUACGUAUUCCUCGCAGCAGACGUGCCCUAUCGAUGUGUUAUGCCUGAAUGCAAUGGUGAGGUCAACACGACAUGGUCCCAGGGGCGAGGGUCGCCGCUGCAACGCUGCUACCGACGGGUCGAUUCACCCUGCGGCCCACCGCCGCUAGACUUUCCUGCCGAUUCGGAGGAACUGCGACUUUGCACUCGUUUCGAGUACGCUUCUAAUGAGUCGAUCGUCGCUGAAUUUGAUUUGGCCUGUCAAGACUGGAAGCGCACGCUCGUGGGUACAGUGCAUAACGUCGGCAUGCUCGUGUCCGUACCUCUCAUCGGAUACGUCUCGGACAGAUGGGGUCGAAAGAGAGCGCUCGUUCUCAGCUGCACCUUAGUGGGCGCCGUCGGCACACUAAAAGCGUUCUCGAUCUCCUAUGAAAUGUAUAUUGUGAUCGAGUUCCUAGAGACGAUAGCUGGCGCCAGCGCCUUCCCAGCGGCUUAUAUCAUAACGAUCGAGUUGCUCGGCCAGGACAAGCGCGUGCUGACGACGGCGUUCCUCGGUAUUGUGCUGGUGCUAGGCGGUCUCUGCUUCGCGCUGCUCGCUAAGAUCCUUCGAUACUGGCGGACAUUCAUUAUCGUGACUUAUCCACCUUCCUUACUCUUCAUAACUUACAUAUAUUUUCUACCUGAGAGCAUACGGUGGCUCCUCUCGAAAGGUCGGAAGCGAGAAGCUCUCCGCAUUGUCACGAAGGCGGCCGAAACCAAUGGAGUGACGCUGACGGAAGAAUUACUUAGACAAUUGUCGAAUGUCGACGAGGACGAGAAAAAUGUCGUUCACAACGAAAGCGCACAGGGUCGCGGUGUAUGGAAACAGGUGCUGCGCUCACCCGUGAUACUGUGGCGUCUGGCAGUGUGCUCGUGCUGGUGGAUAACCUGCACCUUCGUGUUCUACGGACUGGCUAUCAACUCUGUCUCGUUAGCGGGUGAUAAGUAUACCAACUACAUGCUAGUAGUGAGCGUGGAGGUGGUGGCGGUGGUCACGAACGCCCUAGUUCUUGACCGGUUUGGGCGCAAGCGCACUCUGUGUCUCGCCUUCCUGGUGUGUGGUGUGUCCCUGAUUGCCAUCGCAUUUAUUCCAAAAUAUCCAGCGUGGGUGACGACAGCCCUGUACCUCGUGGGAAAGAUUGCGAUCACGCAGGCGUUCAACGGCAUCUAUAUGUACACGUCGGAGCUAUUCCCGACGCACGCGCGACAUUCGCUGCUCGGCUUCUGCUCGAUGCUCGGACGCCUCGGCUCAAUCGUCGCCCCACAGAUGCCCCUUCUGGCCUUGUACGUCGAGUGGCUGCCUACGGUUCUGUUCGGUACGAGUGCCCUUCUAGCUGGGGCGUUGAUGCUCACCACGCCGGAGACCCUGCACGCCCGUUUGCCGGACACCAUCCGCGACGCGGAGAUGUUGGGUCGUCCGCUGCCGGCACCGUCCAUCUCCGACCAACACGUCACGUCCAGAUUAUAA